AUAAGAGAAACACGUCCUCAAUUUUUAGUGUAUAUAUUUAUAUUCCAAGCGUUCUGGAUAAUCGUUUAAAAUUUAACGUAUGUAGAAUAUAUUUAACAACGUGUUGAACAGACAAUACUACAAUAAUUUCGAAAAUAAAAAUUUGCAGGAUAUACAAUCCUUUGAGACACGCGCACUUAUUUUUAAAAAUUUAGAAAAUAGUAUACGAUGUUUUUCGUGAAAAUGUCAUGGGUAGAAUACCGUCGACCAAUCAGCACGAGGUACAUACUAUGUACCGAAGCGUGAAUACGACAAGCAAAGUAUGGAUGUAAUUAGGAAGAUAACGUUAUGGUAAUUGCGUGUGGUAAACAUAUCGCAGUCGUGCGUGGUUGUGCGUGAUAUCCGUAGCCGCGUACGGCCGUUUCCUCAAGUGGUUACGGAUUACCUUGAACCUCGUUCGGUUAACAAAUGAAUUUUGCAAAUUAGGGUCGUGAUGUAUCUUUCGCGCGAUUAUUCAAAUAAUUUUCGUAACUUAAUUAUUGAAAUGUACCCCGCGUAGCAUUUCUUGUCUUUAUUACUUUGAAGUUAUCGUCCAGUUAUUCACGAUUGUUCAAUUUAUAAUUCUUGUAAUUUAAAUGUAACAAUAGAUUUAUUUAACUUAUUUAUUUAACUUAUUCAAUUAUUGAUGUAGAUAUUUAUCUAAAAUUUGUAUUUAUAUGCGUACAUGUGAAGCGAAAAAAGUAAAUUGUAUAUAAAAUUUUUAAUGUUAACUCUCAUGAGAACAAAACUUUAUCUUUGCAAUUAAUGCCUCCUGCAAAGAACAACAUGUUUCUUGUAUGUGUAACUAUGGGUCUUGUAUUACUUGCCUCUAAGUAUCGCAAGAAUGUAUUUGAAAGCGUGAAACACAUUUGUCAAAGCAUUAAGAAUAAAAGCUAUAAAGAAGACACCAACAAGAAAAACGACAUUAACAUUCCAUUGGAUGAAAUUAUUUUGGCAGAUACUCUAGAAAAAUGUGAUUACGCCGUUCAACGUAUUCGCUGUAAUUUAUCGAACAAUGUAUUGGGCUUUGACUGUGAAUGGUUCAACGAUGGACCUGUUUCACUGCUUCAACUUGCUACAUUUAAUGGAGUGUGUGGUCUUUUUCGCAUUGGUAAAAUUGGAUAUAUUCCUCCAAAAUUGAAAGAAUUGCUGGCAAAUAAACAUAUUCUUAAAGUUGGAGUUGCUUCGUACGAAGAUGGUCAGAAAAUAACAGCAGAUUAUGGCUGUAGAGUUUGUGGUACUCUUGAUUUAAGGUCAUUGGCAGAACGUACAAAUUUACCAAGUCCAAAAAGCUUGGCUGCAAUGAGUUUACAAUAUUUAGGCUUAGUAAUGUCUAAGCUAAUAGACGUAAGGUGUGGCAAUUGGAAUGCUGACACUCUUACAGACGAACAAGUAGCAUAUGCUGCUUGUGAUGCAAUUGCGUCUGUUCUUAUUUAUGACCAGAUCGUGCAAAGAAUAAAGGAAAAGUACUCUUUGUGGGAAAAUAUUGCAAACUAUAUAAAAUAUAUAUGUAAUAAGAACGGAACAAGGCAAUUUUAUUGUUUACCAGAUGGUAUAAUCGAUACGAGGUUCAAGGAACAAAAAACACAUGUUACUGUUGAUCAAAAAAAAAAUAAAAACAAUCAACCAGAUGGAUUUAAGCAAGACUUGAAAGCAAAAAAUAUUAUUUCUACUAAUGCAAACAGUAUACCUACAAGAAAUAAACCACUUUAUCACAACUGUUAUUUGCAAGCACCAGAUGGAGAUGUAUUGUGUACGUGUGAUCAGAAAAAAGCAGAAUGGUACAUUAACAAAGGUUUGGGAGAAAUGAUUGAUCAAGAUCCAUUCACUGUAAGAUUAAAAUUUGAACCUUCUGGUCGUGCUUUGGGGGAAGUUGGACAAUACUAUACACAAGUCAAGAUCAAUCAAUGUGUAGUAUGCGGUUUGUCAGACAAAUUUAUUAGGAAAAGCGUGGUACCUAGAGAGUAUCGUAAAUACUUCCCAUUGGUGAUGAAAGCGCAUCAGUCUCAUGACAUAUUGUUAUUAUGCCCAAUAUGUCAUCAAAAGAGUAACGGUUAUGAUCUACAGCUCAGAAGAAAGCUGUCAGACAUAUGCGAUGCACCUCUGACUGGUCCGCUAACGCACAUACGUAAUGAAUAUAUAAAUAAUCAUAGAAAACUGCGUUCAGCCAUUGAAGCACUUAGAGAAAAAGCGACUUUACCCGAUGUACGACGGAAGGAACUCGAACAAUAUAUUUCAGAAUGUACAGGCCAACAAGUCACGCCGGUUCUUCUUGAUAUGUUGAGUCAAGAAUUAAAAAAUAGUAGGGUUUCAAUGUCGAACUAUGACCAAUCUAAAUAUGAACCCCAUGGCUUGAAGGUGGUACAGUACUUCGAAAAGAAGGAAGGUGGAUUGGUAGAAUUAGAACGUAUAUGGAGGGAACAUUUUCUUGCGAGUAUGAAACCAAAAUAUUUACCUAGUUUAUGGUCUGUAUGCCAUAACCAGGAAAGGUUAACUAUUCGUCAAUCGCAGAACAGAAUAGAACCGGAAGACGCGAAGGCAGCGGGAUUAAAGUACUGAAUUUUAAGUAUUACACAACCUAAAGUACUCGUAUAUGAGCGAGUACUUGUAUUAAAAGACUGUCACACGAGCCAAUGUGUCUCUUAAGAAUAUAUGUAUGUUCAUAUAUAUUUAUAUUAUUUAUAUACAUACACCAACAUACAAAAUCUA